AUGCUGUUUAGCCGUCUCUUCACCCUUGUCGUUCUGGCUUUGACAUCUCCCGCUUUCCUCAUCCUCGAAGGCCAGGAAGAAGGUAUUUACGCCGUCAAGUACAUCGAUGGCCGUUCGGUUCACACUAAUAUUGCCAACGCAACUGUCUACCGCCAUUUUCCGGAGAGCUAUUUCAAGCCAGAGGCGUCUCGUAAUAGCCGUAGCCGCCGCAACCACAACCGCUCGAUAUGCGGUGGCGCCAAAAACCUUGACUACGGCAACACUAAUGCGGCAAUGCAGACAUCGACCGACAGUGUGGAAAUGGAUCAUGUGUUGGCUCUGGCCUAA